AUGAGCAAUAUCCAGGAUAGUGAUUUAGAAACUAACAAUGAAACCGACAUUAAUGAUAAUAAUAGUAGCAAAAUAAGACCUUCUUCAAAAGGCAAAAAAACUACUAGUCUACCAAAAAAAAGGAAAAAACGCAGACUCAGAGCUGAAGCAUGGCAUUAUUUUAAAUUAGAAGGAAAUUUUGCAGUAUGCCAAGUUGAAAUAAUUCAAGAUGGAAAAAAAAAAAAAUGUGGGAUCAAAUAUGAUCAUACUAAUUCAAAUUCAACAUCAUCAAUGAAUUAUCACAUUAUACAAGAACAUGAUAUAGUCCUCGAAAGUCAGGCUAAAAAG